AUGGCAGUCAGAAUUGAGCGGUUUCUCAACACAACCGGAUUUUUCUUCUUCACCCUCAUCCUCUUUUGCCUCAUCCUCCUCACACCAGCAGAUGCCAUCUACCAAUGCUACGAGACGAAUCGGCUCACCAACGUCUUCUUCAUUAUCGGCGCAUAUGUGAUAACCUUUAUAAUUGCGGCACUCAUCUAUGCGACACGUAUCUACACAAAUCGGAGUGCACUCACUGGCAUACCCAAAGCUUGGAUCCCCGUGGAGAGGGAAGAUGUGAACAAGAGUGUUAGGCGAUUAGUGAAGGAAGGCCUUGUCCGCAGCGCCGUCAUCACGUACCAAGCCCGCCCGCGAGAUAUAUCCACGGACGGGGACAGCUUCCAACAAUACAGUCCGUUUCUCAUUGACCCCGAACGACCGCCAUGGGGCCAUAUCGAGCACCCCGGCUGGUCUUCGCCUAAUUCACCAGACUUACCCAAUCUACCAUAUCGCACGGUCAUACAGGAGCUCCCCAGCUUGAUUGAAGCCAAAGCUGUCUCUCUUGCCCCUGCCGAUUCAUUAGCGCCUGCGCCUACAUUCCACUUCGAUCCGUCAGGCGACCUUACGACGCAGUCUCUCCCGGAUACACGCGUGGUAGAAGUAUUACAACGACCUGCCUCCAUGGGUCUGAGAGAAUAUAUCCGCCAUCUGACGUCCCUCGGGGCUAUCUAUCCGCCAGAACUCGGUGCAGAUUUCCUUGCGCUGUACGAACACGCCCGAUUCUCACCGCGCGAACUACACGAGGCAGAAUUCCGCGACCUGAUGCAUCUCUUCGCAGAGGUCCUGAGAGGGAUGACAUCCCUUGCACCACCGAUUUUGGAUGAAAUUCGCGACAACGCAAGCUAUCGACAAGCUUAUAGCGAAUCUGUCAUUGGGCCCUCGGAUGAAGAAGGAGAAACAGAUACCGUGGGGACAUAUGGCUACGACGGAGCUCCGGGCUUCAUGCGGAGUAACAGCCUUCGCCCAUCGAAUGCGUCUACAUGGGAAACCCAGUCCGGGUAUGACACUGCGCCCGCAAUGCAGAGCCCCGCCUCGGGGCUUUCCACAGACAGUGGAUCCUACGCGACGCAAAGCUCUUUUCGCACGCCCUCUACGAGGUCUCUACGAUCUCUACGACGCGUGGCAUCGCGCCAAUCUAGCAGUUCGGGAGGAAGUGUCAUUCGCCUGGCACAGCCACGAGAUCAGACAGAUUUGCCGUAUAUAAUUAACUACGCGGGACGUAGGCAAUGA